UUUCCGAACGGUACCGCUCCAUGUCUGGCCAAAGCGAGCUCGUGCUCUACGGCGACUUUCUCUCGCAGUGCGUUCGCCGUGUGGCCAUCUUCCUCCGGCACAAUGACAUUGCCUAUGAAUACCGCGCGUUCGAUCUGCUUCGGCGUGAAAACCGGACGUCGCCGACGUACGUUGCGUUGAAUCCCAACAUGACAGUGCCGACGCUCGUCGACCGCUCAGACGCAGCCAAGCGCGCCGUCAGCGCAGACGUCCCAGCACCUGGGGCCGAGAUUGACAUCCCGCCGAGCGCCGCCGAGGGUGGUUUUGUCCUGUUUGAGAGUAACACCAUUAUUCGCCAUGUCGCUACGACACGCCCGCUCAAGGAUCAGGCGCUGUACCCGAGCAUCGAGCAAAAUCCGUACCGACGCGCUCAGAUUGACCAAUGGCUCGAUUGGACGAUUAGUGCGCUGCGACCGCACGUGUCCCUGCUCAUGCGUACUGCGUACUUUCUGCCGCUCAUCAACUCGACUCCCAUCGACAGCGCCGCAGUCGCUACCGUGAGCGAGCGCGUCGUUCUUGCCAUUGAAGCGCUGGAGAGGCACUUGGCUGCAAAGCUCACGAGCGCAAACCACACCGCCAGUGCGCUUUUCCUGGUUGGAAACAAGGCUUCGAUCGCCGACUUGUCGGCGCUUUGCGAGUAUUCGCAGCUCGCCAUCAUCGGCUUCACGCCCAUCGAGAGCGAGUCGGCAACCUAUCCCGCUGCCGCAGCCUGGCGAAACUCUGUGCUCGCAGCCUUCCCACACAUUUCUGACGACGACCUCAACGCCCGCCUGUUGCACGUGAGGGAAUCGGCUCUCAAGCUGCCUCGUGUGUGAAUUACGUGUUUGCAAGCCGAGUCUGUUGGACGCUUAGAUGUGGAGCUCCCGCCCAUGUGUGAAUCGAGAUGUGAAAACAAUCAACAACCAAAAAAAAAAAAAAAUCAAGUAGAAACG